UGAACACAUCUGCAUAUGUCUGGAUUUUCUUGUUUAGUUUUUGUUUAGUUUGUUUGCUGUAAGCGCUCUUCUCUCCGGCUGCUCGGGAAUCUUUAUCCCCAACCAACAUUGCCGAGGCGCAGUCUGAAACUCUUCAACCAGGUCUUUCAGGCCCUUCUGCUGGUUUCCAGAUACUCCCAUAUCCCUCAGGAGGCAAUGCUACAGCUGAUGUUACGACAAACCGUCCUCCCAUCUAUCAGUAAGACAUUUUUUUUUUUAAACAAUUUAAAAAAUUUCAAUGACUCAUCUUUGUACUAAUCUUGUGUUUGUCCAAUUAAAUACUCUCUAGAACAUACAGACCUGUGCAAAAGUCUUAUGAACUUUUUUUUUUUUUAGUACAAACUUUGUAAUAGAUUUUUAUUUUAUGACUUCUACAUUAUCGAGUCUUUGAUUUAAAAACUUUGAUUUUAGAUACCCAAAUAUUAGUUUUCCAGCAUAAAAUGAAACGUUACAGAAAAAUGUGUAAAACAGUAUAUAAUAAGUGUUAAGAGAGACUUUUCAGACGAUUAAAAAAAAAACAACAAAAAAAAAAACCUAAAGAAAGCUGCUGGAUUUUGCUGCAGAAAUAAGAAGCGAGUGUGACAGUCUCCAGAAGAACCGUGGCUGGUUCUGCAAGAUGCUCAGUAAAACUUCCAGCUCAUUUCCUUAUAAAACUGCACUAAUUCUACCUGAGACUACUUUUUUUUUCUGUCUUUCUCCAUCAUUCAAGUCUGUAAUAUCAUUUUUCUCUACCACUCAGACACGUCAGAUGUCUCGAUCCUGUGGCUCUCGAGACCUCGUCUCAAACACGUUCGACAAAACUCCAGAAACGCAGGACGGCAUCUCGCUGUCUACAAUAUCAUCUGUCUAAAAGAUCUCUCCUGUUCUCCGUAUUUACUCGCUUCAGAUGUUCAGUAUGAGAUGAGGACAUUGGGACGAGGAGUCCUGGGAUGAGCACAGGGACGAGUGUUUAUGAUUACAGCAGCAGCUCUUGGGAAAAGCGCAGGUUCUGAUUUCGCUGGGCUUCGUGGUGGCGUUCGGUCCGAUGGCGCGCACUGACACCGGAGCACCGGAGCAGCAGCAGCAGCAGCAGCAACCCACCGCCGUGACGGAGGAGCGCGAGGCGCAGUGUUCAGCGGCCAGCGCGUGCGCUUUCCGCCAGCACAGCAAGCAGCUCCGUCUGCAAGCCAUCAAGUCCCAGAUCCUGAGCAAACUGCGCCUCAAACACGCUCCCAACGUGAGCCGCGAUGUGGUCAAGCAGCUGCUCCCGAAAGCGCCACCGGUGCAGCAGCUGCUCGACCUGUACGACGUGCUCGGGGACGACGGCAAGCCGGGCACCGCGCUCCAGGACGAGGAGGAGGACGACGAGGAGCACGCCACCACCGAGACCGUCAUGAGCAUGGCCGCCGAGCCCAACCCCGACGUUCAAGUCGACCAAAAACCGAAGUGCUGUUUUUUCUCCUUCAGCCCGAAGAUCCAAGCGAGCCGCAUCGUAAGGGCGCAGCUCUGGGUGCACUUGCGCCCAGCGGAUGAGGCGACAACGGUGUUCUUGCAGAUAUCGCGACUCAUGCCCAUCAAAGACGGGAGAAGGCACGUACGAAUACGUUCGCUGAAGAUCGACGUGGACGCAGGAGUCAAUUCGUGGCAGAGCAUCGACGUGAAGCAGGUGCUUGCGGUGUGGCUGAGGCAGCCGGAAACCAACUGGGGGAUUGAGAUCAACGCGUUCGACUCCAAAAGCAACGAUCUCGCGAUCACUUCUGCGGAGCCUGGAGAAGAGGGACUGCUCCCGUUCUUGGAGGUGAAAAUUUCUGAAGUUCCAAAGCGAACCAGGAGAGAAUCAGGACUAGACUGUGAUGAGAAUUCGUCCGAGUCCCGCUGCUGCCGCUACCCCCUUACGGUGGACUUUGAAGACUUCGGCUGGGACUGGAUUAUUGCCCCAAAACGCUACAAGGCCAACUACUGCUCGGGCGAGUGCGACUACGUGCACUUGCAGAAGUACCCGCAUACGCACUUGGUGAACAAGGCCAACCCACGUGGCACUGCCGGCCCCUGCUGCACGCCCACCAAGAUGUCUCCCAUCAACAUGCUCUACUUCAACGGAAAAGAGCAGAUCAUCUACGGCAAGAUCCCCUCCAUGGUAGUGGAUCGCUGUGGCUGCUCGUGAUCGACAUGCCCAUGCGAGGACUCGAUCCGUUCCCUUUCCCGACCGUUUCCCCUCUGGACUUCUUCACGACACCUUUCAACCAUUAUCCAUGCUAAUACUGUGCAAUAUGCAAUAGAACCAGAAAUAGCAGCAAGCAAGGAGCCAUCCACACAGCACCGCUUCCUCUCACUGACUUCUUAUUCGUUUACGCUAUAUCCGCAUCUUGGGGUCAGAGGUCACAUGGAUGUACUGAAGGAAUGUAAUGCCGGUUCGACUUGGAGAAAUGGACGACAAAUAUCUUUUAUACAUUGCCCGUAGUACAAACACACACACACACACACACGUAUUAUAAAAAAAAAAAAACAAACAUGCUCAACAAUAUCCAUUUAGUUCUGUUCUCACUCCAAACAGCUGUCUAACGAUCACCGAGGUUGUUUAAGUAAAGUAUCCAAGAGCAACAGAGAGGGACUCGAGGACACUUUUUUUGAAAAUAAUAAUAAUAAAAAAGCUUGAAAACCUGUCUAAAGAUUUUAGGCAACCUGAAACAAGUCUUCGUUUUACAAUAAACCCAACACACCAGUUAAUUGUAUCUCAUUUCACUAGUCAACUGCUCGAACCUGCCCUAUACAC